AUGGAGUGUGAGCAUGAAGAUGACAUAUAUGGUCAUUCUAUUGAAGAUGACUACUGUAUUUCACCUGGCACAGCUGCCCAGUUUACAUUUGACCGCAACCAAGGCCAUUCACUGUCAGCCUUUAUGUCACAAGAUGAUAUUCCUGAAGAAGAGGAAGGAAGUGAGAGUGACAGUCCAGAUCCCUUAAAUGAUUCCAGAAACUACAGGAGGCCCCUUCUAAAUGAUGUAGAUGAAGCUCGCCUGAAUUCUUGCCUUGAUGGUAUAAGAGAUGUGAUGGGUGAAGCCUUCCCAGAGCAUGUGCUUGUGGAAGCUGUUCUCAGCAACGGAUUCAAUAUAGAGAAAGCUCUGAAUGCACUCCUUACAAAGCAGUCAAGUCCAGUUAAAGAAAAACCUCCAGAGAUUGCUCAAGAGCAGAGAAAAUUUCGAGAUUCAUCUGAUAUUACUAAAAAUCUAUCUCUUGAUGCUCAAUCCAUACAAGAUAUUAAAACACAAAACACAAACACUUCAAAUGCUAACAAUGCAAUCCAAAGUGGUCUUAUAAAGCCCAAGAAACUUGACUUUUGGGGUGGUUUAAAACCUGACUCACCAGUAGGCAACAGAAUCAACACUAAAGCCCCUACUUCCACCAGUAAUUUAUCUCUGGCAAAGACCCAACCAGAAAUUCAGAAUAAAGGUGGAAAGAGUGUACUCUCUCAGCUUGCUAGCCAGCAUACUCAAAACACCACAGAUGGCAAUUCUGUGCUAUCACAACUUGCUACACGGCAUUUUCAAGCUAAAGACAUUGGGCAGCAGUCAACUCUGUCACAACUUACUGGUGCAAAACUGAAUGGAAGUCCAGCACUGUUUAAUCUUCCUAAUCAACAAUCAACUUCUAAUUCAUCUGGACAGCCAUCAUUAUCACAACUGGCUUCACUGCACUCUAAAACUAGUAAAAGUGGGAAUUCUACGUUAUCACAUCUUGCUGCUCAGCAUUUGGAAUCUAACGUGGUUGGGGGUCCCUCCCUAUCCCAGCUUGCUGGCCAACACUCCAAAACUGUUGCAUCCAGUCAAUUGCAGUUUUUGCAGUCUCCAAACCCUACUCUUCAAUCAAAAACACAAGGGGAAUCGAACCUUUUUCAAAAUAUGUCAGUGCUGAGGCCAUCCCCCCAAGUGCCUUCGACUGGUAUAAAAGAUGUGGUUACAAAAUCUUCAGAUGUUUCACAAGUUAUAGACUUGACAUCUGCUGUGCGUAAGAAAGAUCAAAGAAAUUUGACUGGGCAAACUACUCAGAGUUCUAUUAAAGAAGAACCCAAGUCACUGAUGUUUACAAAAAUAGAAAAGUCACUGAACAAACCUGCUGUUGGUAUCAAAUUACUGUUAUCAGAACUCCCCAAAAACAUUUCAAAGUACUGUUCAAAACCCUCACAAUUUGGGAAAACUAUAGUUUGCUCCCACUGUGGAAAGCAGAAGCCAGGUCGAACAAAUAACAGACAACUUAAAAAGUUUCGUUUUGCAAAACAAAUGACCAAGAAUCCCACUGCUCAAAAUUUGAAACACAUAAAAUUAUUUGAUUUCUCGACCCCUUCACCAGAUGAUAUUGUUAAAGAAAAGCAGAAGGGAGCAUUUGGAAAGCAGAAGUUGACAGACAGAACCAAUCUCAAUACAGAGUUUAAAUUAGACAAACCACCUGCUGGAGAUGAUUGGCAUCAGAAAAAUAUCCAGGUCAAGGACAAUGAAAUUGAGGUCAAGGCCAAUGAUCUGGCCAAUGGAUCUGAAGGAGUGAGGAUGACAUUUUCUAAGACAGCAACACCGGCAAAGGGUUUCACUCUAAAAGACAAUGACAAAAAAGCAGGUCUAGGUUUAGCUGGAGGCGACUCUGACAAUGUGGAUAGUGACAAGGAAGAGAAAGUAAGAAAUGCCAAUGUUGAGGCAUCGCCACUGAGGGGCAGCAAGGCUGUUGAUGGGGCUUGUGCAACUCCUGGAAUUACUAGGAGUGUUUCCAGGACAAAACAGGAUAAAGUUGAUGUCCAAAAAGAGAUAGAGAAAAGAAAAACAGGAAAGGAAUUGCUAAAUUUGGUUGUCAUUGGUCAUGUGGAUGCAGGCAAAAGCACUCUGAUGGGUCAUCUUCUGUAUCAACUUGGUUUUGUGAACAAGAAACUUAUGCACAAGUAUGAACAGGAUUCAAAGAAGAUAGGCAAAGCAUCGUUUGCAUAUGCUUGGGUCCUUGAUGAAACAGAGGAAGAGAGGAGCCGUGGUGUCACAAUGGAUAUAGCUCAAACCAGAUUUGAGACUGACAACAGGAUAGUUACCCUGCUAGAUGCACCAGGACAUAAAGAUUUUAUUCCCAAUAUGAUAACAGGUGCUGCUCAAGCUGAUGUAGCAAUUAUGGUUGUGAAUGCCACCAAAGGAGAGUUUGAAACUGGCUUUGAAGCUGGUGGUCAAACCAGAGAACAUGCCCUUUUAGUCAGGUCUUUAGGCGUAUCGCAGCUUGCUGUAGUGGUCAACAAAAUGGACACAAUUGAAUGGUCAAGGAAAAGAUUUGAUGAAGUAACCCAGAAGAUGAAACAAUUUCUGAAACAGGCAGGGUUUAAAGAGGCUGAAUUGAGCUUUAUUCCCUGCAGUGGUCUUGGAGGUGAAAACCUAACCAGGGUAACAGAGGCUAAGCUCCAGGAAUGGUACAAGGGUCCCACAUUAUUAGAACAGAUAGAUAAAUUCAAAGCCCCAGAGCGCCUGGUAAACAAACCAUUUAGGAUGUGUGUUUCCGAUGUGUUCAAAGGGAUGGGGAGUGGGUUCUCCAUCAGUGGUCGUCUGGAGGCUGGUAGUGUGCAGGCGGGAGACAAGGUGGUUGUAAUGCCAGCAGGAGAAACUGCCACUGUAAAAAGUGUGACCAUUGAUGAAGUGCUAUGUCCCUGUGCCUUAGCUGGUGACAAUGCUAUUGUCACUGUUACUGGGAUUGAUAUGUCCAAUGUGCACAUAGGGAGUAUCCUUUGUGACCCCGCCAACCCAAUUAAGUCAGCAACAAGAAUAAAAGCGAGAGUGGUCAUCUUUAACAUUGAAGUGCCAAUAACUAAAGGUUUUCCGGUUGUUCUCCACUACCAAACUUUGAAUGAGCCUGCCACCAUCAGAAAACUGAUUAGUCAAUUACACAAAUCGACAGGGGAGGUUGUUAAGAAAAAACCAAGGUGCUUAACUAAGAACAUGAAUGCCGUGAUUGAGAUAGAAGUGGGACGGCCAAUAUGCAUAGAAAUGUUCAGAGAUUACAAAGAUCUGGGUAGAUUUAUGCUACGUUACAGCGGCAUGACCAUAGCUGCUGGUCUAGUCACAGAAAUCAUUGAGAGCAAAGCAAAUAUGGGUUAGAGCCAUGACCAUUUUAAAUGGACACUCCAUGGACAGGGGGCAGAGGCUACAUAUAGAAGAUAGCAACGUUGACUUUUAUCCCAGCAUAAGCUCGAUAAAAAGAAAUCUUAGAUACUGAAUUCAAGGAUUAGGUGCAAUACUCCAGAAGGUCUAGAUUGCACCAAGUUUUAACAGAGACAAAUAUUUACUGUUUUUAGAUGAUUUCUUCAUUUUGAUGUGAAACAGCGAAUUGGGGAACUUAAAAAUAAAUGUGAUUGUUAACAAAA